AUGGAUCCUGAAGGUUUCAGAUAUGGAAGCUCCAAUGAGGAGGGAUCAGACGCUGACGAAAUCUCUGCUCUCACCGAACCUACUUUCACUGGCACUUACAGCAUCAUCAACGACAACAAACUACCUGCAGAACAGGCAGAGCCUGAGAAAUACUCUGGCUGUAGUGACCCGGGCAACAAGGCAUACUCUGGCUGUAAUGAGUUGGGCAAUGAGGCAGACGUCGAGGCAUACUCUGGCUGUAGUAGUGACACCAGUAAUGGUAGUGAUGAUGAUGAUGAUGACGAUGGAUUCACAGAAGACGACAACCAGGAAGAUUCAACAAAGGAAUUGUCACCCAACCAAGCCACAGGACUCAACAAUGGCCCCAUAAUGAAUGAGCUUGCUGCAGAUCUAUGUGGGCAAAACGACCCUGCCAGAAUGGGGCUGACACAGGAAGAGCAUCAGUGGGCUGUUGCUGUCAAAGCUGCCAUUGAAAAAAUCCCAGAUCUCGAUAAUUUGACGGAUUUUAUGUAUGCUCAAAUAGCCAUUGUUUCUAAAGGCAAUGUUGACGAUGCCGUUGUGAGGGCGUUCCGGCUUCAAGAGCAUAAGAAAGACAAUCUAAUAUUGGACACAUUGGACGAUGCACUGAGGCAUUUGCCAAAAGAUGGCUUCCUCUCUAUUGACUUCAAUCUCCAAUCUGGUGGCUACAUUGUUGCUUUUGACAUUGGAAAUUAUUCCAAUGGGGCCAUCUGGUCAAAUCCAGAUGAGACAUGCUACUACAAUCGCCGGGCUUUCUAUGCCACCCACAUGACAUUAUGUGAUUUGGAGGCACUCAGGGUUGGCGGUACUAUUCUUUGUGAAUGUGAGGGGUACCAGCUGGUCAAAGGAAAAACAUUGAGCUUGACUGCAUUUCAAUCCAUUUGGAAGAGUGUGCAUGCCUAUCCAAGAAAGAUUAAGCAAGUCAAGUUCUUCAAUGCUCCUCCACUCUUCAAGAUGAUGGUGUCAAUGGCAAAAGCAGUGUUGCCAACAGAAGUCACAUCUAAAUUCCAACUAAAUGCAAAAUGUCCAUUGGGAAGACUGGACCGGCUGUACUGCAUGCCAACCCCCGAAAUAGCAAGAGCAAGGUUGAAAGAGCGAAUAAAAGGGCUUCUAGUGAAACGAUAUGCAAAUGAGGCAAACUUUAGUCUCGAUGGCCAUGCUCCUUUUUUGGAGGUGGCUUGA